GAAGUAUUGGAAACGUAAUGACUGCGGCAUUAAACAACUUUCAAUCGUUACUCACUCGACAUGAGGUAAAGCGCUGAAACAGGUUCAUGUGAACAUACAGAUACAACGAAUGGUCACCCAGACUGAUCCCCAUGUCGUCAGACGCUGCGUCCUCUGACCAGAAGGACGACGAGGACCUCCAUCCCCUGAAAGUCAAGGGCUACUCCCUCGGUCGUCAGAUCGGCACGGGAGCUUACAGUCGGGUCUUACUACUACACCGAGGUCAGGAAGCACGUGCGGUCAAGGUCAUCAGCAAGGUGAAGUGUCCCCGGGACUACCUCGAGGACUUCCUCCCUCACGAGCUGGGCAUCUUCCCGUCCCUGCAGCACGAGAACAUCAUCAAAUGUCACGAGAUCUUGGAUUCCCCGACGUCGUGCUGCAUCGUGAUUGAGUAUGCAGAUGGCGGGAGUCUGCUCGAGCGUCUCCAAGAGGACGGGCAGAUGGAGGAGGAAGAAGCAAGGAGGAUGUUCCGCCAGACUACUCGUGCUGUCCAGUAUUGCCAUCAUCAGGGGGUCGCACACAGAGAUCUGAAGCUGGACAACAUCCUCUUGUCUCGGUGUGGCGGUAUUACGAGAGUGAAGCUGAGCGAUUUCGGUUUCAGUACAAGGGUAUUAGACUCAGAGGGGAGGAAGGUGCUGAGUGUUAAUUUUUGUGGCAGCGCCCCCUACACAGCACCGGAAGUACUUCAGAAAAGCGGUCCGUAUGACGCCUUGGCUGCAGAUGUAUGGAGCCUCGGCGUCAUACUGUAUAGCAUGCUGUAUUUCCGGAUGCCAUUCAACGACAGUGACAUGGACGCCAUGAUACAGCAUCAGCUACAGCGUGACGUGAAAUUUCCCACAAUUCACUCUGCAUCUGUCACGUGCAAAGGUCUCAUCAAGGUCAUGCUGGAACCGGAAGUGGAGAAUAGGGUCACCGUUGACAGCGUCUUGGAGUCGGAUUGGUUUAUAUGAAUAUGAACUCUUUUCUGAGAAUGUAUCCAUAUCUGGAAAUACACGUUUUUCUACCUA